UGAAACCCAGAAAUGUAGGUGGCUCCUGCGUGCGCUGCUAGUUUUCUCCGACGGUGUUAGUUGUGCACCAGGUCUAGUCGCAGUGGACUCCGUGAGUUGUGUGGUGCUCCUAGCCCGUUUCUUUUAGUCAACUCACUAGCUUUAAUUCCCAUUAAACAUGUCCGACGACGAAGAAGUUUAUUCUGAAGAGGAGGAGGAAGAAGAAGUCGUGGAAGUAAAGAAAGUCGAAAAGAAAGUCGAGGAAACGGGCGAUCCGGAAUUUGUAAAGCGCCAGGACCAAAAACGAUCUGAUCUAGACGAACAACUCCGGGAAUACAUCACAGAAUGGCGCAAACAACGUGCCAAGGAAGAGGACGACUUAAAGAAAUUGAAAGAAAAGCAAGCGAAGCGCAAAGUAACCAGAGCCGAAGAAGAACGUAAAUUGGCAGAGAGAAAGAAGGCCGAAGAAGAAAGACGUGUUCGCGAAAUUGAAGAGAAAAAACAACGGGAGCAAGAAGAGAAGAGACAGCGUCUCGAAGAUGCCGAAAAGAAACGUCAAAUGAUGAUGCAAGCUCUCAAAGAUCAAAGUUCCAAGAAAGGUCCCAACUUCACUAUCCAAAAACGAGAUCCUAACUCUGCACUCAGCCCCGUGCAAUUGGAGAGAAAUAAAACCAAAGAACAAUUGGAAGAAGAAAAGAGGAUUUCACUUUCAAUUCGCAUCAAACCUUUGAACGUCGAUCACCUUAGCGUAGACAAACUUCGUGAAAAGGCGGUAGAAUUGUGGGAUUUAAUAGUUAAGUUGGAAACCGAGAAAUACGAUUUAGAAGAAAGGCAAAAGCGCCAAGAUUACGAUCUUAAAGAAUUGAAAGAACGUCAAAAACAACAGCUUAGGCACAAAGCGCUCAAAAAAGGUUUAGAUCCCGAAGCUCUCACCGGAAAGUACCCUCCUAAAAUCCAAGUAGCCUCCAAGUAUGAACGACGUGUAGACACAAGGUCAUAUGGAGACAAGAAGAAAUUGUUUGAAGGAGGUUAUGAAGAACAAAUUAAGGAAACACACGAUAAAACUUGGAAUGACAGAUCUGGUCAAUGGGACGCUCGUCUAAAGGCUCGCUUACCCAAAUGGUUCGGUGAACGACCUGGUAAGAAAGCUGGUGAACCAGAAACACCUGAAGGCGAGGAGGAAGGUAAACAUAUUGAGGAGGAGGAAGACCUGAAGGAACCCGUAUUUGAACCGGAGCCCGCAGAUGAGGAAGAAGAUGAGGAGAUUGAAGUUGAGGAGGAAGAAGAAGAGGAGGAGGAAGAAGAAGAGGAGGAAGAAGAAGAGGAGGAAGAGGAAGAAGAAUAAUUUAGGUAUAUUUAUUAAGUUAAAUUGGAGGUGAUUCUAACCGCUUGUAAUGUCAGAGUAGGGCGCCAUCAAGUAUGAAUAUUCCACUACAGUUUCUAAUGCCGCUUCCGCAGCAAAAAUCAGAACGUAUCUACUGUAUUAUGUUUUAAUUUGUUUCCAAUAAAUCUUUACUGGCUAUGUA